AAACUCUGAAGUCUAAUUCUACGGAAACGAUAGGUAAAUUUUCUAAUUAAUAAGACAAAUUGAAAAUAGCACUUUCAGAGUAUGGAGAAUUCCAUUUUAUAAUAGUGGGAGGUGGUACAGCGGGGUGCGUAUUAGCAAACAGACUGUCAAGAAAUUCCAAGUGGAGAAUCCUAUUGUUAGAGGCUGGGGAUGAGGAUAACGCGUUUAGUGAAAUUCCUGGAAUGACGAAGUAUUUGCUCAAGUCCAAGAUGAACUGGGGUUACUACACCACCCCUCAAGCAUCAUCGUGUCAAGGGAUGAUGGAUAAAAGAUGUGCGGUUCCAAGAGGAAAAGUAUUGGGAGGAAGCGGCACAAUAAACGAUCUGAUUUAUUCAAGAGGAUCUCAAGAGGAUUAUGACUAUUGGGAGAAACUAGGCAAUACGGAAUGGUCUUAUAAGGAUUUGGAAAAGUAUUACUUGGAACUGGAACUUUGGCAGACAUACGGCAAUCGAAAUUAUCACGGUUUCCAUGGGAGCUUAAAUUGUAAUCGCACGAAGCCAGACUCCGUGUUUUUGACGAAGUUUUUUGCAGCUCUUGCUAAAAAAGGGCAUCGCCAAAUUGAUUAUAAUGUAGAUCCCAAGCAUGGAGUAUCAAGGACUGUAUUCAAUAUUAAUUUUAACAAAAGAGUUACUGCUUUCACUUCAUUUGUUAAAAAUAUUACCAACAGAUCAAAUUUGAUUGUGUCAAAAAACUCUUUAGUAACAAAAUUGUUAAUUGAUUCAAAAAUGAAUAGAACAAAUGGAGUAAAAUUCAUAAGAAAUAAUGUUACAUACAUAGCUAUUUGUACGAAAGAAGUAAUUCUAUCAGCUGGCUCUAUUAAUACCCCGCAAAUAUUAAUGCUUUCAGGAAUUGGACCAAAAGAAGUGUUAGCACUUCAUAAAAUUCCAGUAGUGAAAAAUCUCCCUGUGGGAAAAAACUUACAAGAACAUCCUAAGUUCAUAGGAUUAAUUAUUAAAACGAAUUUAACAGAACAUUAUGGAAAUAUGAGCGAGAACUUGAGGAAAUAUUUUUAUGCGGCUAAACCUUUAACAUCAACUUCACCCGAAUCUAUUGGAUUUUUAAAGUUUAAACAAAGUCACAAUGACACCCCAGAAAUUGAGUAUUUAAUGAAUCCCGCCGAAAUCUAUGACAAUAUUACCAAGUUUAAAUAUAAUUUUAAUAAAAAUAUUGAUGAGUUUAUGACAAAAUCACUAAAAGAGAAUGCUUUUGUUAUUAAUUUGAUACUGCUGCAUGGUAAAAGUAGAGGACAAAUUACUUUAAAGUCCAAUGACCCCAAAGAUUUUCCUCAAAUUAAUCUAAAUAUGCUUUCUGUCGAUGAGGAUGUAAAAAUUAUUUACCGUGCUAUAAAAUAUUUCAUUGACUUGCUAAACACCGAACCUAUGAGAAAAAUGGCAGCAACAUUACUUCCACCAAACACUAUUUGCGGAAACUACAAGUCACUGUCCAAGAAGUACUGGUACUGUGUAAUAAAACAACUAACAGUACCUGCCAAUAAUCUAGUAGGUACAACAAGAAUGGGACUUUCAUCAAAUUAUUCUGUUGUAAAUCAUCAGUUGAAAGUUCAUGGGAUAGAGAAUUUAAGAGUUGUUGAUGCAGGAAUAAUGCCAGAGAUUAUUUCCGGACACACUAACGCCCCGACGUUUGUGAUUGCAUUAAAAACUGCAGAUAGUAUUAUAUUAGAAAAUAGUGUAUAAAAUUAUUUGAAUAAACAUAUAUUUUAUUGAUAAACAAAAACAUAUCUUGUUAAUUAGCAUAUGGUAAUUUCGAAGUAAAUAAUAUUCUAAAAUUAAAUUUAUUUUAAUUUAUGGACAUAUGAAAUAACCCACUUUUUACUAGGUUCUAAAAUAUCUGAUUGUCACAA